AAAAUGUUCAAAUUUGGAAUUGGAGGACCCUACAAUUUCCCUUUGCCCGUUGGCUACAGAAGCAAUCAAAAAAGCUUAGUGAAAGAGACGAGCGAUUCAAAUUAGAGUGAAGAAGAAGAAAGUUCAAAGCAAAACAACCCAAAAAAUUCUAUGUUGUAAUUACAAUAUCUGAUGAAUUUGAGCAACCCCAGUUCGUCAGAUUUCAAGCUUUGAUUGGUGAAUCCAUGCGGUACAACACGACUAAAUCCUGAAGAAGACAGAGACAAAAGAAGAGAGUAAUACCAUCAUGGGGUUUGCAAAUCACCGACAACAAUCGGUGUUACUUGAAGGUGAAAGACGACGAAGCUCGAUUUCCUCUGUUCCAAGUCCUCAAACAAACCCUAACUCACCGGUGAAGAAGAAGAGAACACCGCGUUGGUCUGAUGUGUGGCUGAAGAAUACCAACACGCUUGAAAAUGUUAUUGUUGCAAUGCAACUUCAAUCCUUUUCUAAAGACUCUCAUAUCCCUACCCCUAACUCCAAAACCAAACCCCUUCUUGCUAAUUUCUGCAAAAUCGACCGUACUUUGCUUCUUUCCGAUGAGCUUCUUCUCAGGAUCCUCUCGAAGUUACCGGAUUCUCAGCGAAACUCCAACUUUCUCGUUUGCAAGCGGUGGCUGAAUCUACAGGGUCGACUUGUACGGUCGCUCAGAGUCAUGGAUUUGAAUUUUCUCUUAUCGGGUAGGUUGAUUUUGAGGUUUCCUAAUCUUAACCGUGUGGAUUUGGUAUCUGGGUCGUUGAUGUCUUCUAGAAAUUCUGGCAUAUUGUUGAGUAAUAGGAUUCUUUCGAUGCAUGUUGAUUCUUGGUUUUUGCCUGUUCCGGGUGUUGGUGAGGAAAAUAUACUUGACAAUAUGGUGAUUGAUAAAGGGUUGAAGACAUUGGCUAGUGGGUGUCCAAAUUUGCGCAAAUUAGCAUUUAUUGGUGGGAGUGAGUUGGGAUUGUUGAGUGUGGCUGAGGAAUGUGAAACUUUGCAAGAACUUGAAUUGCACAAGUGUAAUGAUAAUCUGUUGAGAGGAAUUGCAGCUUGUGAGAAUUUGCAAAUACUGAAGUUAAUUGGAAAUGUUGAUGGUCUUUAUAGCUCCGUGGUUACUGAUAUUGGUUUGACUAUUUUAGCUCAAGGUUGUAAAAGAUUGGUGAAGCUUGAGCUUAAUGGUUGUGAGGGAAGUUUUGAUGGGAUUAAGGCUAUUGGACAAUGCUGUCAAAUGUUAGAGGAAUUGACAAUCUGUGAUCAUAGGAUGGAUGAUGGAUGGUUGGCUGCGCUUUCUUAUUGUGAGAAUUUAAAGACUUUGAGAAUCAUGUCAUGUAGGAAGAUUGAUCCGAAUCCCGGACCUGACGAAUAUUUGAGUCCCUGUCCUGCUCUUGAGCGGUUGCAUUUGCACAAUUGUCAACUACGAGAUAGAAAGAGUGCUAAAGCAUUGUUUGUUACUUGUGGAGCUGCGAGGGAGAUCUUCAUCAGUGACUGCUGGGGAUUGGUUGAUGGCAUAUUUAGCUUUGCAAGUCACUUCUGGAGAGUGAAAUUCCUUUCUCUCGAAGGAUGUUCACUGCUAACAACACAAGGUUUGGAGUCUGUAAUUCUUCAAUGGAACGAGCUUCAAAGUCUUCGAGUUGUAUCGUGUAAGAACAUAAAAGAGAGCAGCAUUUCUCCUGCACUCUCUUCCCUGUUUUCGAUAUUCAAGGAUUUGAAAUGGAGACCAGAUACCAAAUCUUUGCUCUCUUCAAGCCUCAUUGGCACUCACAUGGGAAAGAAGGGUGGUAGAUUUUUCAAAAAGACAUGGGACAUGAAAGUUUUACCUGGUGUUCACGACCACACAAGCACACGACAGACAUGAAAACCCUCGAAAUGAAUUGCACCGAAGAUAUCGUCGUACUUUAAUCGUCUUUGUCAUUGUCAAGAUUGUUAAUUUAAUGUUGAGAUGCUGACAACACAUAACUGGGUUUCAUCUUUGUGUUUUGCACCGAGGGAAAGAUGAAAUCGCCAAGUUAUCUACUCCAUGGAAAUAGUGUAAAUUAGAAUUUUAACAAUUUAGUUUGGUUUAGUAAUUUGCUAUUCUUAGUUUAAGUGGACACAUUGUAAAGGAAAUAUCAUCAUUUCCUUCAUUUAUUAAGUUAAGCUUAAUAGAAAUUACUCGCAUAGCUGUAGGUUACUGCAGUUUCUGAAUCUUCAAUAUUAUUAUCCUAUCGAAAUGUUUAUUAUUAUCUA